ACCGCCUGUUCGCCCGAUCAGCUGAUCGUCCUCGAGAAGACCAAAACAGCUAAAGCUAGCUUAACGUAGCCGGGGGUAACAGCUAUGAAAGGACAUGGCGAUUUAAUACUGUAUCAUAAGAUCCUGAUAAGGAAUUGAGUGUCUGGCCACCAACCAGAUCGGAAGCUUCCAGUGCAGACAAACUAUGUCUUAUCUCUGAGAAUGGGAGGAAGUGGAUCCAAAGCCAAAGGCGUCUGGCCUUUCUCAGGCAAUGGAAGUGGAGGGGAUUCAGCCGGUGAUGGGAACGAGCAGUCUGUGGCCCGCCUCAAAGCUUCCAGGAAAGCCACGCCGUUCGUUUUUACCAGGAGGAGUUCCCUGUACUAUGACGAGGAUGGCGACCUCGCCCAUGAGUUCUACGAAGAGACCGUGGUGACAAAAAACGGAAGAAAAAAGUCCAAAUUGAAGAGGAUUCAUAAAAAUCUGAUUCCACAGGGAACUGUGAAGCUGGACCACCCCUGUAUACAUGUAGAUUUCCCCGUCGUCCUCUGUGAGGUGUGAAAAGUUGCACUAGACUGAAGUGCAGCAGCUGCUUCUCCUCCCGGAGCAAAGUUUUGUCCCAGUAUCAAAGCAGCAAAGUCGAGGAUGGAGCCGAGGUCUGGAGAGCAAAAUGAAAACCCAAACUGGUGUAUGAAACUGAUGUACUGAAUGAAAUGUUAUACAUUUGAAUUCAACUACGGUCAGAGGGUUCCCUGUUCCCCCAAAUUCCUAUUUUGAUAUUCAGGGAAGCCGUGUUGGUGCAGGUUGUGUAUCCACUACCCAGCUGAUAUGUAAGCAGUGGAGAAUUCAUGAAAUUUCUCUUGUGAGUUUUUUUUGCAGGGAAAAAACAUCCAUUGAUGGGGAAAAAGGCUUUAACAAUUUAUGCCUUCUGUGAGAUGUUAAGUGAAACUGUUUGUGUCUUUGUAUGCGUACAUGUGUGCACUUAGAUUUGUUUGAGUGAGUGUGUGUGGGGAAACCGGGACAGAAGAUAUAGUUACAGGUUAGAAUACAUAUAGGUUUGUGAAAUUUAUUAUAUAUAUAUAUAUAUGGUCAUGUUCAUGUUCUGUAUUGUCACGUCUGAGUCUUUCUCAGUAACCGGAGCUCAGACCUGCACUAGUGAACAUAAUGUACUGUAAAUAAUAUCAGAUAUCUUAGUUGGAAAUACUUGAAUAAAUGGUUUACUGAGUUGUUGA